GUGGAGUGUGUCAGCGGAGCGUCAGUCGCGUCUCGUCUCUUCCUCCGUUCAAAGCGGCGCCUCUCCGCCGAUCUGCGUCCAGUCACGGCGUCUCCGCGGUACACCGACGCCGGUAACAGUCCAACCGCAUCCAUCCGUCGUCUGGAGCUCCGCGACACAAAGGGGACAGAAACCCGCGCAUGGUUUAGUCUCCAGGCGGGGGGGACCUGGAAACCCGGGCCCGCAGUGGGAGCAGGGAGGAGGCCCCGACGCCCCCUUGUUCUGACCCAGAAAACAGCACCGACGGCCGGGCUGCUUGUCAACUAAAGGCCGGCUAGCCGCUUCGCCACACCGGAGGUCGUUACCGGAAUAUUUCUACAUGCACACGGACUGAAUGUUGUUCAUGAGGGAUUAAUCUUUGAAAACCUUUUUGAAGAUCGGGGGUUCUGCUGGUUCACUCGGUGCUAACUUAGCCGUCUCAGUUAGCUUCUGUCCCCGGUAACCAGGCAGGGAGGCUGCGGAGCGAGGACCGAGGACCGAGGACCUGAUCCAGGGUCUGGACUUCCUGUCGCCUCCAUGGCCAUGGCUCACCUAAUAAAAGAAAUCGUGAGCAGGAACAAAAGACGGUACCAGGAGGACGGCUUCGACCUGGACCUCACCUACAUCUAUCCUAACAUCAUCGCCAUGGGUUUCCCCGCCGAGCGCCUGGAGGGAGUCUACAGGAACAACAUCGACGACGUCGUCAGGUUUCUGGACUCAAAACACAAACAUCACUACAAGAUCUACAACCUGUGUGCUGAGCGACAUUAUGACACUGCAAAGUUCAACUGUCAAGUGGCUCAGUACCCGUUCGAGGACCACAACCCGCCCCAGCUGGAGCUGAUCAAACCGUUCUGCGAGGACCUCGAUCAGUGGCUGAGCGAAGACGAGCAGCACGUCGCCGCCAUCCACUGCAAGGCGGGAAAAGGUCGUACCGGCGUCAUGAUUUGCGCCUACCUGCUGCACCGGGGGAAGUUUAAGAUGGCUCAGGAUGCGCUAGACUUCUACGGAGAGGUCCGCACCCGCGACAAGAAGGGCGUCACCAUCCCCAGCCAGCGGAGGUACGUCAUCUAUUACAGCUUCCUGCUGAGGAACCAGCUGCUCUACAAACCUGUCGCCCUGCUCUUCCACAAGAUGCUGUUUGAGACCAUCCCCAUGUUCACCGGAGGAACCUGCAAUCCUCAGUUUGUAGUUUAUCAGUUGAAGGUGAAGAUCCACACCUCUAGCCCCGCCCACACCCGGCGGGAGGACAAACUGAUGCUGUUCGAGUUCCCUCAGCCACUUCCUGUCUGCGGGGACAUAAAGGUGGAGUUCUUCCACAAACAGAACAAAAUGAUGAAGAAGUCUCUACUCUUCCAGGAAAAGAUGUUUCACUUUUGGGUAAACACCUACUUCAUCCCGGGCCCGGAGGAGGGCCUCGACAGACUGGAGAAUGGCAGCGCCGGGACGCCACGGGAACCCGGCGACAGAAUGCAUCACUACCCGGGGAUGAUGACCUCCGCCGCCAUGAUGACGGGAGGAGAACCCAACGACAGAGAUUACCUGGUCCUCACCUUGACUAAAAACGACCUCGACAAGGCAAACAAGGACAAGGCCAACAGGAACUUCUCCCCAAACUUCAAGGUGAAGCUGUUUUUCACAAAGACGGUCGAGGAAGGCGCUAACUGUGACUCGAGCAGCACGUCCUCGGUGACGCCCGACGUCAGCGACAACGAACCGGAUCACUACCGCUACUCAGACACGACGGACUCGGACCCGGAGAACGAGCCUUUCGAGGACGACCAUCACAAUCAGAUCACAAAAGUCUGACACACACACACUCACACACAAACACGUACACACACACCCAUUCAUUCAUAUACGUAUAUGUAUAUAUACAGGAUAUAUACAGUAUGUAUGUAUACACACUCAUGAACCCCAAGCUAAGACUAGCCUGUUAGCUAGCGGAGGGAAUAUAACCGACGGACCAGGCCUGAUCUGAGGACUCUGACAUUAAAGAGCUCAGGUCAGUAUAGACCCCCCUCCCUUCCCUCCCUCUAAUCUUCUGCCCAAUGCACAGCUGGACAAUCACAUGACAUGGCGGUCAGAGGUGAGGAGGGCGGGGCCAAUGGACGGCGAAUGGACAAUGAGACAGAUGAAUGGACAGACAGGAGAUAAAAAAAAAAAAAUAAAGGAGUAAAACUUGAAUAUAAACAAACUGAAAGACAAGUAGACUUCUUUAGUGACUACACCAAGAUGUUUGUUGGAUAAACCCCAUGUGUCCUUCCUUCCUUCCUUCCUUUCUUCCUUCCUACCUUCCAGUUAAGCAGACCAAUCUUCAAUUUUCUUUCCUUCUCUUCCCGCUUCAAUCUUCAGUUCUGUUAAGCUUUGUCAGGGAGACAACUCUUCUCUCUGUGUGCUAGCAUCGUUCAGUCCAAAUUUUUACAAAGCUAUGACUUCGCUGUAGAACUUUUUGCUUUUUUUUGUCAUGAAAUGACCUUGUGUUGAUUUUAAAGGCCAGCAAAGAAUAUCGUGAGUUUAAACACCCCUAUAUCUUUUUUUAUUGGUGUCAUAUUGGGGAAUGAUUAAGCUAACAAUCUUCCUUUUUUUUUUUACAAAAUAGUUUCCUUCUUGACAAGUCCAACAGGCACUUAACUGAAGGACAUUAAAAACAGAAACCCAAUCAGUUAACCAUCAGAAGUUGUAGGUUCCGCUGCCAAAUUGAUCUCAUUAAGAUAACGACAGCGUCUCAGUUUGACCCAGUUUGUUUUGAGUUGGCUCAAACUGGAUUUUAAGUUUCCACACAUCAAAACAAACCCAGCAACACUUUGGACAAUGCUGGACCAUCUGGUCUGGUCCAAACCAACUUAGACCGACUGUUCCUCAUUGACUCAGAGUAAUCCAGUCUGACUCACUUGGUUUAAGCAAGUUAGCACAUGAUUGUUUGGGGAAAGCCUGAGCUGCUCCAGACCCGUCUAUUCAUGUCAGUUUGGACCAACAUACUAGAGAGUUCUGGCCUGUUUGGACCACUCAAUCUUAGUUGGUGUGGACCAGUCAGAAAUGGUUUGGAGCAGUUGGUGUAAGAUGAUUUGUAAUGAGUCAUUUUGGGAAAAUCCUCCAAAUGCUCCAGAAACAGAAACUAUCUUUGUCAGUUUGGACCAACGUACUUGAAAGUUCUGGCCUGUUUGGACCACUCAAUCUUAGUUGGUGUGGACCAGUGAGAAAUGGUUUAGAGCAGUUGGUGUAGGCUGAUUUGUAACGAGUCAAUUCUCCGACGAGCCAGUCUUACAGUUUGGACCGCUCAACCGCUGUGAACUUAAUGGUCUAAGCUGGUUUGGACGAGUCUAAGUCAGUUAGUAAUGCAAAUACAUGAAGGCAUUCUUUUACCUCAUGAAUCUUUAGAUGUGAUGGUUCUCCAUGCCAAGUUUAUAUUGCUCUUGACAUCGGAGACUCUCCCCUUCUGAAGCCCCUAGGAUUCUUUUUAAACCGUCUUCACAGUCUUGAGUACGUUUCAAACCAAGCUGGACGGGUUUUCUUGCUGGUUUUUUGUCAAAAAAAAUCUGACCAGUGUUUGCUGGUUUGGACUGGAUUUUGUAAACAGCACACAGAGAGACGUGACAGUUUGAAUGUGACAAUGGGAAAGAGAAACUUUCACAAUCUGCUGCAGUUCUGUCAAUCAUCUACUGUCUAAAAAAGACACCUACAGUACAAACCUACUGUGAACAAAAUGCUACUACUGCUUUUCUGUCUUGUCUGUCCGUCUUCAGUUUUGCACAGAAGGAUUUUCUUCCGCCCUUCAGUCAGCUCCUACAGUUCCAGCAAACAUAUUUUUGUUAUUCUCUGACUUAUAUCCAACAUUAAGCUAAACAAUAAACAAGCUACACACAGUAUAACCAUUCCUUCAGCCGGAUCUAUACACUUAUGUAGGCUAGCACACAAUGAUGCAAACUAAAGCAGAAACCUAGGACUCGAGGCGCUUGGAUUGAUGGGUGCCAUGCCGGUGGCGGGGUUUGCACAUUAUAAGGACAGUUCGUGAAUAUAGAUGCCUUUGCACGAUGAGUCCAUCCAAGAAAGCUAAUAUGGCUCAUGUGUAAGUAGUUUUGUCAAGCUGAAAGAUUGUUCCUGAAACUCUGUGGGGUUUUAGCUGAGCAGGCUUGAAGUCAGGACGGCAUCUGCAGGCGGGGUUUGCUUGAUAGAGUUCAAGUAAAAAAAAUUUUUAAAAAAAGAUCUAGAUCGAUUUCUGUUCCAUGUGCAGCUCCCUUUUGUGCUCCUGAAGAGUUGAAUUGCGGGUUUACUGGCCAGGCAAUGUUGAGAAACCCAAAAUCAACCAAGGUGCUUGAGUUGUGUUUAAGCUUGUCAUUGAACCAACAGCCGACUGCUGACCAUACAGCUUCCAGCAGGUUCCACAGGCGAUCACCACCGGUCUUACGAGCCAUUAGAUUUAGCCUCCGUGUGUCUUUGGUUUCUGACAGUUCAAUAAAAGGUGAUGUUCUAUAACUAUAACUCUGUCCGUAGACUAUUAACCGUUUGAUUCAUUACUACUUCGUGGAAUCCUUGGCGACUGUCCCUCUUGACAACCUGGGCAGUUUGAGAAACAUGUUAGCAUUACAGCAAGUUUGAGACUUUUCCAUCCGGGCUUUACAGAAGCCAGUGACCAUAAGGGAUGCUCCGUUUUCUUCAUCAUCAGGGCAUUACCAAUCCCAAUAUAUUCCCCAGGAGGUUCCUGUUCUUGGGACAUUUACCACAUUUAAAAUAUUGUGGAUGUACCCUCUUACAUUGGCAAAGUAAGGUUCCUCCUAUGAGACAAGUGUUCUCCACCAAAAGCCCCUUCAAUUGGACUUAAAAUUGACAUAACCCUUCACUUUUCAGAAAUAGGUGUUGUUAGGAGCUUCUUGUUUGUCAUAGCAGCCCAAUUUGCCCUGAUGGCUCUGAGAGAUUGGAGCAUCUUUAAUGGUCAUCUUACCAAACGUCUGCUUCCAGAUUGGACGUGGGUAAAAAGUUUAAGUCUUGAUGUCUGAUUUUUUUCCGUCCUAACAUUUGGUGCUACUUCGUAUCAUUGGCUCGGUGUUAGCCCUGUUUGACCCUAAAGUUGUUGAAGUUGUUGCUAUCGACCCUGUAGGCCUUUUCAAGAUUGUGGUCACACAGGACGUAUUUCAGAGGCAUGAAAACAACAAAAAUUUAGAUUUUAUUCUGCAAACGAAGCCAAUCACAACCCAGUAGAAGAUGCCGGGACAUACCGUUCCCAACCUUUGAUUCCAUCUUGAUGUCAACUGUCCCCAAACUCGGAGUCAAUGCCGCAGUGUUAACCAUCACUGGAAGGCCAAUGACAUGUUGAACGAGGUUUGGUUACAGUCAUGACAUCCCAAAUGUGAAAAAGAACAGGGUCUACCCCUACAGGUUGGGGAGGGAAACGGUUCCACAGGUACUUGUCUGGGACUAAUCCCGACAUCCAGAAGGCACAUGUUCCUUCUUAGUUGUGAUACUCCCAAACUCCUCCAAGAAAUGACCUCUGAGUUGUUGGCUAAUUCUCAGCUCAGAGACCCUUGAUGGCUAACAAAUAACAUAAUGGAAGUUGACUCACUUUCUCUUGAAAGAAGGAAGUGAACAAAAUGGGAAUUCUUGACAGAUUCUAAACAUCUGAAUUACAACAGUAGCAUUGGAAAGAAAGUAGGACUUAAGUCUUGGAAUAAGAAGAAGUUGCCUAUCUGUGAUAGUAUGUCCUGUGAGAUCACAUCUUUAGAUAUCUUGGCUACAUGCUAAGCUAACAGUAAACCAGUCCAUUUGAACAGCCAUUGGCGGGCCUACACUGAAUUUGUUGGGUUUUGAGGUGCUAAGCUAAGCUAGGGCAAAUUUCUGAGCCUGUUGCUCUUCUGUGGUGCUCUUUACCAGCCACGAGUGUUCGUCCAGUCUCGAUCUGUGACGCUGAGCAGCUCUGUCAUCAGUGGCGCUAUAUCCACAGGCUCUCUUUGUGUGUUUGACAAGCAACAGCAACACACUUCCUGUCCUGAGUCCUGUUAGGUGCUGUCAGGCCUGGCCUCACUUCCUGUCAUCAACCGUGUGGAAUUGUUCAACAGAGGAGUUUAGGAGCUAAAAAUGUUCAAUCAGAAAGCUCGGCUACUUGAAACAGUUUGGAUUCCAGAAGUAGAACCAGCAAACCUAAAUUUUCCGCAGGAUCAUAACCAUUAUUGGGCGUCAAACGGAAUCGCUUAGUUGAGGUUAGAUCCGUCGAAUUCUCUUUUUCAAACAAGUAAUUCUUUGAUAACUUCUUCAUUGGUGAUACAAUCUUCCCUUUUACCUCCCAUAGCAUCCAGAAUCGUAUUAACACUUGCGAUAUUUGCACAUCCAACCAGCGAAUUGGUUGAUACAUGUGUUCAUCGGGAGGCGGGUAUGAAAUGUCAAGUAAAUGUCGCCAAACAUUGCCCAAGUUUGGUUCCAGGCCUUAAAUCGAAUUGCGUACGUCUUUAAAUGUUUUAACAGCCAAAUCUUCAAACUGUUAACAUGGGCAAUCGAGCAAAUUGAUAAUGUCUUUUUUAUAGUCUUCAACCAUUAAAAAUAGAGUCGAAGCAAGUUUAAAAACCGCUGUUGGGAAAACCUGAUUUAUAACACUUCCUGUUGAACAUUGGUCAAACACCCCCAUACCAGGUUUUGGGUACUUGAGGCCAGGUUGGUGCUGUCCAUGUCCUCUGACUGUUUGAGGUGCUCUUCGUCUUUUACUUUUGACAAUUAUAGAGGUGUCGGUCGCUGGCAACACAUCUGGGGUUAUUUAGACGGAGGUUGUUGUUGUUGGAAAGGUUAGAAAAAACAGCCUUAAGUCAGGAUAAAAGGUUUUUGUCCUGAACACAAAAUUCAAUGAUUUGGCGACAUGCAAAAAUCUUGCAACAAAAACUCUGAAAGAAACGUUUUGAAACCCAAGUCCCAUCAGACGUUCAGGGAUCUUGUACAGAGCAAUCCCCCAGAAAACCACAGGAAAGAGUUGUCGAGAAUCAGUUAGGGUUCACAUAAAACCCUGCACCGCAACAGUUAGAUAUUAGCCACUUUUCCAAUUUAAGUGUCUGAAUCUGGAAUCUGUAAAGGAUCCUUGAACUUCGCUUCUUGGCACCAGAAAAAUUAACUUCCAACCUUCAACGAUCCUGGGUUACACGAACAGUUUCACAUCAUAGACGAAAACUCAAACUUGUGUAAUUCCUUCAGUGAGAACGCUUCUUUGUUUUGUCGACGAUGCUUCAAACCUUUCUGUUUACAUCUCAUACCAAAACCUGCCAAAAUGAAGCUCAGACUCUGUUUUUUUUUGUUGUAUGUUUUAGUUUGGAGUCUACAAAGUGAACACCGUCAAUAUUCAUGUACUCUCUACUGUUUUUGCCUUAAGGUGCGGUCACACUCGCCCUCGGGGUUAACUGCCCUGCGCUCUGUUUUAAAGAAACGUGACGUUAGCAUAGUCGGCUUCAUGAUGUGUAAAAAAGCUUCACUAGAAUAAUGGAGUCAACAUUUCAAACUCAGUGUAUCAGUGUUUUCUCUUCGCUCCAAGUACAUACUUAAAAAUCCCUCAAACCCGAGUAGUCGCUGGAGAUCCCGUUAAAACAGGACGUUCAUUCUUGAAUGUGUCAUUUCAGCUUCUCCUGAGGUGAAUUAGUGAGGAAGUGUUCAUAAUAAAGAGGCGUCCUGUGACCGCACCUUUACCUGAAGCCAACGACCGUUUUCUGCUCCUGAUGAAAAAAAAAAAACGUCUGCAGCCCAGAGUCGGCUACAACCACGACCUCUGUCCAUCUCGGUAGCUUCUCCACUAAAGAACAACAUCAUCUGCAUAAAAAGCAAGACAAUGGAGAAUCCAUUUUGGGUUUGGUUUUUUUGGUACAGAUUCUGAACUUUUUUGCGUCGUUUCUUCAGGAGCAGAAGGUCGAGUUGUUUCGCUUUCGGGUUUUCAGCUCCGUGAUCUACAGUGUUUCUGUUUCAUGAUGAUGAUUGUCUUGUUUUUAAUUGCCAGGCAUUGAUUUUGUAAUCAAUCAAAUUGAAAAAGAAAAAAAAAAACAUCAUAACUACGGGCCUGUAUCACCAUGGAAACAACAUUUCAUGUUAAACUGACCCCCCCUCCCCCGUCCCUCAACCCAGUUCUUUAUUCUUCCCCUUCCUUGUUUUAUAAUAAAAUAAAAACACUGUAAAGGUGAAUAAACUAUUUAUAAACAGCUA